AUGAGGGAGCAUACCUACAUGCUUCUCAAGACAUUGAAAAGAGUUGAGUAUGAUGUUGAAUAUUUGGAUGCCAAUCAGUUCCAAGAUAGAGAGGAGCUUGAGGAGAUGCACAUGAAGCAUCUUCAAGAGGUUGAAGAGUUGUGGAGAAAGCAUGAUGAGGAGCUCAAAAGGCAAUGUGAGUGCAUUGAUGCAUUGGAAGAAGAGGUGCAAUUUCAGCAAGUAAUGCUUAAUGUCCUCAACAACAAUGUUGAGCAGCUAGACGCAGACACUGAUCACCACAAGAAGGACAUUGAUGUAUUCAUUAGCCAAGGUGUUCAAGAUGGUAUAGAGCACAGGAAAUGCUUGCAUUGA